AUGGCAAUCAUGAUCAUAUCACGGUCAUAUGAUCAAGGAAAUAAAAAACAUGAUCAAGAUCAUGAAAAUCAUAAACAUAAUCACGAUCAUGAUCAUCAUAAACAUGAUCACAAUCAUGAUCAUAGUAAACAUGAUUACAGUGAAGAACAUAAACAUGAGCAUGAUUGCCAUGAUCAUCAUCAUCAUGAGCACGCCGAUCAUGAUCGCGCUGAUCAUGAAUCUUGUCAAGAAGCUACCGAAGAGAACAUUACUAACACGACCCUACAACAAACCCCUAUAACCCAUAAAAAGCCAGUCCAACCAACAACUGGCCACACAACAACUCCUCGCAUUGCCACCGAGGAAGCUGUUGAAAAGCUACAACAACGUUUUACCCAACUAAUGACCCAAUGUGCAGACCUAACCGAAGAAAAACAACGGCUAGAACAUUUAGUCAUGCAAUUGCAAUCGGAAACCGAAACAAUAGGCGAAUAUAUUGCUCUGUAUCAGACCCAGAGACGUAUACUAAAACAACGUGAAUAUGAGAAGGCCGCUCAGACUGCCAUGCUUCAGGCAGAACGUGAACAAAUGCGUGAACGUUUAACUAUGCUUAAUAAUUUGGUCAAUAGUUUAGGUAUGGAAUUGCCACAAAAACAACACUUGAAACAACAAAUCAAUGAAGCCUUAACACAACAAAAUGCCAUAAAUAUAAACACUACGUAUAGCCCAAACAUUGAGAAUAAUACUAUAGAUUCUUCAGAAUCUUCUUCUCCUCUAAAUCAAACGACAACAGCAGCAACAACAGCAAAAGAUUUAAAUUCCCCUGAAUCUCAACAGAUUCUACACAAAAUACAAGAUAUAAUAACGGAAAUUAAGGAAAAUACCAAAGAAUUACCCACCAUAUCACAUUCGGUGGAUCAUUUAAAUUGUUGUUCGGGUAAAUUUGAGGUGGUUUAAUAAUGUAUCUCGUCUUCUCUUUAGAUAGAGUUGGAUAGGAUGAUAUUGCUAAUAUAAUUAGAUUAAUAGUUUGGCUUUUUUUUUAAGAAUAAUUACAUUCUUGUGUAAAUAUUUAGAAUUUGUACAACAAAACUAAACGUAAAC